AUGAGAUUGGCUUUAUGGGAAGCACGGCAUGCAGCCGCGCUAAAGAAUUAUGAUGAUGCGGCUCGAUUCUACAUGACCUUAUUCAAUGACCUGGAGUUAGAAGAGCGACGAAAAUAUCUGGAUGAAUUUGUUGCUGUAUUAGAGGAGAUGGGUUCAGCUAAUGCUGGUAGUGAUUAUUCGAAACAAAUUAUGUUAUUACUUCAGAGUCGAGUACUAUUUCCACAUGAAGCUACCGUUCUGAAUGCAUCGGCUAAGUUUUUUUUUGUUGUAGGGCGACUAUUGGAAGCUUUUGAUUUUGCUCAGGAAGCAGUAAGUGGAAGCGAAGGUCUAUCACAUAUUUAUGCACUUGUAAACUUGGAAAAUAUUAAAUCGAAUAUUAUGGAUCAAUGGCAUUGGGCUAUGUUGAAUGAUAUGAACCGUAAUGCUGCUUAUGCAAGUGCUAUAGAACUUGUUGCUAACUGGAGACCGGAAAGUCGUGUUCUCGAUUUGGGUACGGGCACUGGUUUGCUCACAUCAAUUGCACGCAGGCACUUCAAACGUGAUGUUUAUUGUUGUGAAGUUGAUCUAAAUAUGUGCGACAUUGCUGAGAAAAUACUGAAUGAAGCAGUAAUCCGCAAGCAUUCUUCGGAGAUUAUCCUAGAGGAUAUUGGCUCUGAAAAGAUCGAUGUAGUAAUUACCGAGACAAUGGACUGUGGCUUAUUAGGAGAAGGUAUUGCAUGUUCAUUAUAUGAUAUACAUACACGAAUCUUGUCAUCAUCACCGGUUAUUGUUCCUAGAUGUGCAACAGUGUAUGCUUGUAUCAUUGAGAGUACAGCCAUAAUGGAUGAACAUGUGUCAGUUUUCUGUGGAUGUCGCUUUGCUUCCGAUAGCGUUACUGCAUCUUACGAUACUUCUGGAACAUUAGGUGAGCUUGAACCAUAUUGGUGUUGUUCAGCGGCUGAAAUUCGCGGAGGAUACAAAAUUUUAAGCAAAACUAUUGAAAUAUUUGCUGUCAAUUUUGACAGUCGUGCAGAGCUGUAUAAGAUUGUUAACACUGGUAUCACAGAGCUACGAAUGACUCCCAUAAUACGUGAUGGCACUGCCCAUUGCAUCAUGGCUUGGUUCAGCUGUUUAUUGUUUCCUGGUGCACCACUUCUCAACACAAGUCCAGAAACAACCGGUUGUUGGCAGCAAGCAUUAUAUCCCUUACCAAAACCAAUGAGCUUACAUCGAGGCUGCAUUUGUACAUUGAAAAUUAAAGCUUACAAAGAUCAAUUGUUGUGUGCUCUAAGAGAUAUUGUUAUUCCGGAAGAUCCUGAAAUUGCUGAAAAUGUAGAAGAGCCAUGCAGUAGUGACAAUGGUAACAACACACUAUUGAAAGGAAAGAAUGUGGAACAAGAAUCAAAAACUGACAAAGACGAAAGCUCUGUACUGCCAUCGAAACGGAGCAGGCAUGAUAGCGACACAAGUACCAGUAUGAUAAUUAGUUAUAAGAAUUAUGCAUCACCGGAUACUAUUAUUGUUCUACCUAAUAACGAUUUCCCAAUGAUGAAUGACAGUCAACUAAUACAUUUUUUCAAGCGUAGUUUGGCUGAUAUUAAACGGCAAGAUGAAAUGUUAAAUCGAGACCGGGAUUUCUACGUCCUUGAUAUAGCUAAUUUGGGUGCACUAUCGAUAGCUUUGGUGAAUGCUUUUCCGGAAGUGAAAUUUAGUUGUUAUAACAAUGAUGCCCAUAAAUUGGUUCAUCUUUUCUCUCCCCAUACCCACAAUUUUGGAGCAUUCCCAGACAAUCAGGAUUCUCUCUUGACAGAUGGAAGUAUAACUGAGAAUGGCUAUCCGCUGAUAUCAUCUAAGCCACCUCGUACUUAUUUUGAGGAUGCUGAAUGUUCGGAUGUACUAAUAUGUUGCCCAGUUAGUUCUCAUGGGUUUCUUCUGGAAACAUCGCUAAAUCGUAUACUCAGUUUCCGCCUUUCAAAUGGACAAGCGCACAUUAUUCCAGCAAAAAUUUCGGUUAUGGGUCAAAUUGUGAGUUGUCCCGAUAUUGUCAAGCGAUGCAAACCAUGUCCUUCGGCAUAUCAAGGAGUUGACCUCUCAGCAAUCAAUGAUCUCGCUAUUUCAUUUUAUUAUGACAUUGAGCUUUCCGUUUUGAACCAUGAAGUAUUUUCUGAUCCAUUUGAACUUAUGGCCUUGCGAUUUGACAAGCCAAUGCCAGUAAACCCAUCGGAAAUGCCGGAAUUUGUUUGCCUUACCGAAGCACCAUCGGAAGCCAUUAUUAAUGCUGAUGGUGUAGCGGAAGGUUUACUAUUUUGGUUUGAUGUCGAAAGUGGCAAACAGUUGUACAGUACUCGAUCUUCCAACACCCUUGCUCGUUGCGCCUUAUAUUUAUUUGAUGCAGGUCGUAAAGUAUCAAAAAAUGAUCGUAUCGCCAUCAAAUCAUCCAACUAUCAUGGCAAUUUCGCCUUUGAAGUAUUGUGA